CUGUGACUGGUCCCUGUGGACAGACUGAUCCCCCCUCCUCCAGACCUGUGGGACUCAGAACAGCUCUUGCUGCCACCUCUUCCCCCCUGUGAAUUCUUCAUCCUAUAGUGUUUUAGCAUUUCAAUUCUACUCUCCUUACCAACCCUGAUCAAUAUGCCAAGAUCUGGUGCAAAGGGGAAAAGCAUCCUAAGCUCAGGAGGGUUGGAGGUGGCAUCUUCACAUCCCCCCAGCCUGCCUCCCCCGUCACCUCUUCUGUGCCCAGCAGUCCUUCUGCAAGAGCCUCUGGGUGGUGUCCUUGGUUCCUGAGCUUUGGGAAGUACAUUGCCAAAACACCUCACCCUAGGCCAGAUCCCCGGACUGUUUGUGAGGCCACAGAAGAGGAUGUCUUCUGGACUAUUUUUACCCAAGCGUUCUGUCGUCAUGGUUCCCAGAAUGCCAGAACCCCUGGACCAGGCGCCUCUGCAGAAGCUAAGCCCUCCCUGGCUUCCUUUCCCUCUGUCCAGGCCUGGCCAGCAGCUCCGAGUGUGCCUGUGGUCGGAGUCACUUCACAUGCGCCGUGAGUGCCCUUGGUGAAUGUACCUGCAUCCCCGCCCAGUGGCAGUGCGAUGGGGACAACGACUGUGGGGACCACAGCGAUGAGGAUGGAUGUAUGCUGCCCACCUGUUCACCCCUUGACUUUCACUGUGACAACGGCAAGUGUAUCCGGCGCUCCUGGGUGUGUGAUGGCGACAACGACUGCGAGGACGACUCGGAUGAGCAGGACUGCCCUCCCCGGGAAUGCGAGGAGGAUGAGUUCCCUUGCCAGAACGGCUACUGCAUCCGGAGCCUGUGGCACUGCGACGGGGAUAAUGACUGUGGCGACAACAGCGAUGAGCAGUGCGACAUGCGCAAGUGCUCGGACAAGGAAUUCCGCUGCAGCGACGGCAGUUGCAUAGCGGAGCACUGGUACUGUGAUGGCGAUACGGACUGCAAAGAUGGCUCCGACGAGGAGAACUGUCCUUCGGCAGUGCCAGCGCCCCCCUGUAACCUGGAGGAGUUCCAGUGCGCCUAUGGCCGCUGUAUCCUGGACAUCUAUCACUGCGAUGGUGAUGACGACUGCGGAGACUGGUCAGACGAGUCCGACUGCUCCUCCCACCAGCCCUGCCGCUCUGGGGAGUUCAUGUGUGACAGUGGCCUCUGCAUCAACGCAGGCUGGCGAUGCGAUGGGGAUGCAGACUGCGAUGACCAGUCUGACGAGCGCAACUGCACCACCGCGAUGUGUUCUGCGGAGCAGUUCCGCUGCCGCUCAGGCCGCUGCGUCCGCCUGUCCUGGCGCUGUGAUGGCGAGGUCGACUGUGCCGACAACAGCGACGAAGAGAACUGUGAGAACACAGGAAGCCCCCAGUGUGCCUCAGACCAGUUCCUGUGUUGGAAUGGGCGCUGCAUCGGGCAGAGGAAGCUGUGCAACGGGGUCAAUGACUGUGGGGACAACAGCGACGAAGGCCCACAGCAGAAUUGCCGGCCCCGGACGGGUGAGGAGAACUGCAGUGUUCACAACGGCGGCUGCGCCCAGAAGUGCCAGAUGGUGCGGGGAGCGGUGCAGUGUACCUGCCACACAGGCUACAGGCUCAUGGAGGAUGGGCGCACGUGCCAGGAUGUAAAUGAAUGUGCUGAAGAGGGAUACUGCAGCCAGGGCUGCACCAACAGUGAAGGAGCGUUCCAGUGCUGGUGUGAAGCAGGCUACGAGCUCCGGCCUGACCGGCGCAGCUGCAAGGCUCUGGGGCCGGAGCCUGUGCUGCUGUUUGCCAAUCGCAUUGACAUCCGGCAGGUGCUGCCGCACCGCUCCGAGUACACCCUGCUGCUCAACAACCUGGAGAACGCCAUCGCUCUGGACUUCCAUCACCGGCGGGAGCUGGUCUUCUGGUCAGAUGUCACCCUAGACCGGAUCCUCCGUGCCAACCUCAACGGCAGCAAUGUGGAGGAAGUUGUGUCUACUGGGCUGGAGAGCCCAGGGGGCCUGGCUGUGGACUGGGUUCAUGACAAACUCUACUGGACCGACUCAGGGACAUCGAGGAUUGAGGUGGCCAACCUGGAUGGGGCACACAGGAAGGUGUUGCUGUGGCAGAACCUGGAGAAGCCUCGGGCCAUUGCUUUACACCCCAUGGAGGGUACCAUUUACUGGACAGACUGGGGCAACACCCCUCGCAUCGAGGCCUCCAGCAUGGAUGGUUCUGGACGCCGCAUCAUCGCUGACACCCAUCUCUUCUGGCCCAACGGCCUCACCAUCGACUAUGCCGGACGCCGGAUGUACUGGGUGGACGCUAAGCACCAUGUCAUCGAGAGGGCCAACCUGGACGGGAGUCACCGCAAGGCUGUCAUCAGUCAAGGCCUCCCACAUCCCUUUGCCAUCACGGUGUUUGAAGACAGCCUGUACUGGACAGACUGGCACACCAAGAGCAUCAAUAGUGCUAACAAGUUUACUGGGAAGAACCAGGAGAUCAUUCGUAACAAACUCCACUUCCCCAUGGACAUUCACACCUUGCACCCCCAGCGCCAACCUGCAGGCAAAAACCGCUGUGGGGAAAACAACGGAGGCUGCACCCACCUGUGUCUGCCCAGUGGCCAGAACUACACGUGUGCCUGCCCCACUGGCUUCCGCAAGAUCAGCAGCCAUGCCUGUGCCCAGAGUCUUGACAAGUUCCUGCUUUUUGCCCGAAGGAUGGACAUCCGUCGGAUCAGCUUCGACACAGAGGACCUGUCCGAUGAUGUCAUCCCACUGGCUGACGUGCGCAGUGCUGUGGCCCUUGACUGGGACUCCCGGGAUGACCACGUAUACUGGACAGACGUCAGCACUGAUACCAUCAGCAGGGCCAAGUGGGAUGGAACAGGACAGGAGGUGGUGGUGGAUACCAGUCUGGAGAGCCCUGCUGGCCUGGCCAUCGAUUGGGUCACCAAUAAGCUCUACUGGACAGACGCAGGCACAGACCGGAUCGAAGUGGCCAACACAGAUGGCAGCAUGAGGACAGUGCUCAUCUGGGAGAAUCUUGAUCGUCCUCGGGACAUUGUGGUGGAACCCAUGGGCGGGUACAUGUAUUGGACAGACUGGGGUGCAAGCCCUAAGAUUGAACGAGCUGGAAUGGAUGCCUCAGGCCGCCAGGUCAUCAUCUCUUCGAAUCUGACGUGGCCUAAUGGAUUGGCCAUUGACUAUGAGUCUCAGCGUCUGUACUGGGCUGAUGCUGGCAUGAAGACCAUUGAAUAUUCUGGACUGGAUGGCAGCAAGAGGAAGGUGCUGAUCGGGAGCCAGCUCCCCCACCCAUUUGGGCUGACCCUGUACGGAGAGCGCAUCUAUUGGACGGACUGGGAGACCAAGAGCAUACAAAGUGCUGACCGACGGACAGGGCUAGACAGGGAGACUCUGCAAGAGAACUUAGAGAACCUGAUGGACAUCCACGUCUUCCAUCGCAGGCGACCCCCAGUGACUACGCCUUGUGCUGUGGAGAAUGGCGGCUGCAGUCACCUGUGUCUUCGGUCCCCAAAUCCAAGUGGCUUUAGUUGCACCUGUCCCACAGGCAUCAACCUGCUUCCUGAUGGCAAGACCUGCUCACCAGGCAUGAACAGUUUCCUCAUCUUCGCCAGGAGGAUAGACAUACGCAUGGUCUCCCUGGACAUCCCUUAUUUUGCGGAUGUGGUCGUCCCCAUCAACGUUACCAUGAAGAACACCAUUGCCAUUGGAGUGGACCCCCAGGAAGGAAAAGUGUACUGGUCUGACAGCACGCUGCACCGGAUCAGCCGUGCCAGUCUGGAUGGCUCACAGCACGAGGACAUCAUCACCACAGGGCUCCAGACCACAGAUGGGCUCGCGGUGGAUGCCAUUGGCCGGAAAGUGUAUUGGACAGACACAGGAACAAACCGCAUUGAAGUGGGCAACCUGGACGGGUCCAUGCGGAAAGUGUUGGUGUGGCAGAACCUCGACAGUCCCCGGGCCAUCGUAUUAUAUCAUGAGAUGGGGUUCAUGUACUGGACCGACUGGGGGGAGAAUGCCAAGUUAGAGCGGUCUGGGAUGGAUGGCUCAGACCGCACCGUGCUCAUCAACAACAACCUAGGAUGGCCCAAUGGACUGACGGUGGACAAGGCCAGUUCCCAACUGCUAUGGGCUGAUGCUCACACCGAGCGAAUCGAGGCUGCUGACCUGAAUGGAGCCAAUCGGCACACAUUGGUAUCACCAGUGCAGCACCCAUAUGGCCUGACCCUGCUUGACUCCUACAUCUACUGGACGGACUGGCAGACCCGCAGCAUCCAUCGUGCUGACAAGGGCACCGGCAGCAAUGCCAUCCUGGUGAGGUCCAACCUGCCAGGCCUCAUGGACAUCCAAGCUGUGGAUCGGGCCCAGGCACUGGGUUUUAACAAGUGCGGCUCGAAAAACGGUGGCUGCUCCCACCUCUGCUUGCCUCGGCCUGCUGGCUUCUCCUGUGCCUGCCCCACGGGCAUCCAGCUGAAGGGAGACGGGAAGUCCUGCGACCCCUCCCCCGAGACGUACCUGCUCUUCUCCAGCCGUGGCUCCAUCCGCCGCAUCUCCCUGGACACGAGCGACCACACCGACGUGCAUGUCCCUGUGCCUGAGCUUAACAAUGUCAUCUCCCUGGACUAUGACAGCGUGGAUGGAAAGGUCUAUUACACAGAUGUGUUCCUGGAUGUCAUCAGGCGAGCCGACCUGAAUGGCAGCAACAUGGAGACUGUGAUCGGGCGUGGGCUGAAGACCACGGAUGGAUUGGCAGUGGACUGGGUGGCCAGGAACCUGUAUUGGACAGACACCGGUCGAAAUACCAUUGAGGCCUCGAGGCUAGAUGGAUCCUGCCGCAAAGUGCUGAUCAACAACAGCCUGGAUGAGCCCCGGGCCAUUGCUGUCUUCCCCAGGAAGGGGUUCCUCUUCUGGACAGACUGGGGACACAUCGCCAAGAUUGAACGGGCACACUUGGAUGGCUCUGAGCGCAAGGUCCUCAUCAACACAGACCUUGGGUGGCCCAACGGCCUGACCCUGGACUAUGACACCCGCAGGAUCUACUGGGUAGAUGCACAUCUGGACCGGAUUGAGAGCGCUGACCUUAAUGGGAAGCUGCGGCAGGUCUUGGUCAGCCAUGUGUCCCACCCCUUUGCCCUCACACAGCAGGACAGGUGGAUCUACUGGACAGACUGGCAGACCAAGUCCAUCCAGCGCGUUGACAAGUACUCCGGCCGCAGCAAGGAGACAGUGCUGGCCAAUGUGGAAGGACUCAUGGAUAUCAUCGUAGUUUCCCCUCAGCGCCAGACGGGAACCAAUGCCUGUGGGAUGAACAAUGGUGGCUGCACCCACCUUUGCUUUGCCAGAACCUCAGACUUCGUGUGUGCCUGUCCCGAUGAGCCUGAUGGCCGGCCCUGCUCCCUUGUUCCCAACCUGGUGCCUCCAGCCCCUCGAGCCAGUGAAAAGAGCCCAGUGCUACCCAACACAAUGCCUCCCACCUUGCGUGCCACCACUUCCCGGACCCACACAUCUCUGGAGGAGGCUGAGGGAAGAUGCUCAGAAAGGGAUGCCCAGCGGGGUCUCUGUGCACAUUCCAAUGAGGCUGUACCUGCUGUUCCAGGAGAAGGGCUUCAUGUCAGCUAUGCCAUCGGGGGACUGCUCAGUGUUCUGCUGAUUUUGGUGGUGAUUGCAGCGUUGAUGCUGUACAGACACAAAAAAUCCAAGUUCACUGAUCCCGCGAUGGGGAACCUGACCUACAGCAACCCCUCCUACCGAACUUCUACUCAGGAAGUGAAAAUUGAAGCAAUCCCAAAGCCGGCCAUGUACAAUCAACUGUGCUAUAAGAAAGAGGGAGGGCCCGACCAUAGCUACACCAAGGAGAAGAUCAAGAUCGUAGAGGGCAUCUGUCUCCUGGCUGGGGACGAUGCUGAGUGGGAUGACCUCAAGCAGCUGCGCAGCUCCCGGGGGGGCCUGCUCCGGGACCACGUGUGCAUGAAGACAGACACAGUGUCCAUCCAGGCCAGCUCCGGCUCUCUGGAUGACACGGAGACGGAGCAAUUGUUGCAGGGAGAGCAGUCGGAGUGCAGCAGUGUCCAUACUGCAGCCACUCCGGAAAGACGGGGCUCUCUGCCGGACACGGGCUGGAAACAUGAACGCAAGCUCUCGUCCGAGAGCCAGGUCUAAGUGCCCAUGCGCUCCCCCUGCCUGCCUGUCCCUUCUCCUGUAUGAACUUGCAGUCCUUGUGUUCACUUGUACAGCAGGCUCCCCUUCCCGUAUGUGCCUCCUCUUCCCACCCCGGAAAUGCUCUCAACUUUUCCCCAGGGAGCUGUUCACCACCUGAGUCCAUCACCAUCUGGGCACAAGAAAAGAUGGUGCAUCUUGAGAUGUAGACCUGGAUUUUGCCAUGAGCCUCACCUCUUUGCACUCUGCUCUUGGCUCCCUGAAACUGGGCUCAGGAACGAUUCCUCGUCAGUGUUGACUCCUAUCUCCCCUCUUGCCCUGGUGCCCCUUGCCUGGCCGCAGCCCUGGUGCAGCUGAUGAUGUAAGACUGCACCCUCCCCCCAUUGAAGCUGGCAUGUCAGCUUCUCCCCGAGAACAUGCCCACAGGGAGCUGAGAUGGGGUUAAGGGUAAAGACGGGGAUGAAGGAUAGAGGCUGAAAGUAAAAGGAAGAGCCAGCCCAACUGGUUUGGACACCUGGGAAACCAGCAGUCUUAAGUGUGUUGGUGAUAGGAGAAAGCUUUUGAGGGUAGUUGGACCUGGGUGUCCUGUCCAUGGCUGGCAUGGAUACUAUUCUUGCCCUAACAGUCUGCUACUUCAUCAACUGUUGAGUUGUGAGUGUGAGAUGUAGGAUCUUCCUUAGAAGGCUGGCGGUCCCCCAAUACGCAGCCAUUGGCCAAUAGGAAGUUCCUCCUGGUGCCACCUCUGGCCAGGAUCCUCCAAGUCAUCAGGUUGUGAUCCAGUGGCUUGGGCCCAUGUUGGGCACUGGGGUCCAAGUUUCUGCUGUCUAACCAGUUCUGCCUUGGUCAUACUGCAUCCCACUUGAACUUCAAUCUCCUGCUAAUCUCAUUGCCAUUCGCUUGGGUUCUGAGAACAGACCCUGAGACAAUCUUCCAGAAAAAAGACAGAGGUGUUCCUCAGUGAUCAGGAAGAGCGAUUGGCUUCAAGACCUGGAGCAUCCCGGUCUAAGGAGAAAUAGUCAUGAAGUUAAACCUCCUCUCCUUGUUCGGUGCCCAGGGGUGUAAGAUAGUGGUCAGAGAGCUCCUGGCUCUGGGGUCAAGUUCCCAUUCCAGCUGUCUUCUUGGCUAAGAGACUGACCUCCCAUGCUAAGAAGCCAUCACCUGGCUCGUGUUCAUCCACACCAAGGCCAUGAAACAGGGGAGCUGAGAUGGUUUUUUUCUCCCCUAAAACUUCUCCCUAGCCUUUUUUUUUUUUCUCAAUGGAAGGUGAGAGAUAGGGGGCUAAUUAUCUUUUUUCUGACCUAGCCUUGUGGUACCAGCAAUAUCCAAAGUCUCUUGAUGUGAAGGGCUAAAAUGAAGAUGCAAAUGGGUAGGUAAGGAGUUUUUCAAAGGUUAACGAGAAGCACCUUUUCCAACAGGGUGGACCCAGACCUCUGCUCUCCAGAAACUAGUUCUAAUGAGUAGGGGAGGGAGACAGGGGCUGGGAACGAAACAGAACGCUCCUAGGGCAAGUUUUCCUAAGCUGAAGCAUCUCUGGUGGUUACUGGUGUUGAGAAAUCAAAUGCCAAUCCUGUGAGUGAAAAGGGACAGGAGUCCAUGAUUGGUAGUCAAUUAUAAGAUGGCUAAAAAGAGAUGCCAAGCCAUUAGCCCUGCUAAAUAGCAAGUGCCAGCUUGGGGCUUAUAGCUAGAGCUGACAGCUUAGGCCAAGAAGACUUCUCCAACGUACAAAGUGGGGAACAUAAGGUGGCCACUUCUGAGAGGAAAGGGAGGCAUUUCACACUUACUGAGGCAAAGAAGGGGCAGUUUGAGUCCUCUGAGUCACCGCUGGGAAGGAGGAGAAGGUAGGAAAGUGAAAUUUUCUUGUUGAGAGACCAGGGGAAGGCUCUUAUUGCACCUGGGCUGUUGAGAAUGUAGAAAGGACAUAAUUGAGGAGAUAUCUAUUUGAGCACUGAUUUACUCUGUAAAAAGCAAAAUCUCUCUGUCCUAAACUAAUGGAAGUGAUUCCUCUGUGCUCAUGUGUAAUGGUUUUAACGUUACUCACUGUGGAGAGAUUGGACUUUCUGGAGUUAUUUAACCACUAU